UCGGUGCGAGCAGCCUCGGCGGUCAGGCGGGUGGCGGUGCGGGCCCGACCGGGGGCGUGAUCGGCAGUAUCGGAUCGGCGGCCAUCUGCUCACCGUCGGCGACGGCGGCCAAGCUGUACCAGUCCGAGUACGACAACCCGUACGGUGCGGCGGCGGCGGCUGCGGCCGUCGCCUCCGGUCAGCCCACCACCGCCGAUUGCUACAGCAACGCGAUCAGCAAUUCGGCCGCCGCCGUCGGCCUAAUGUCGGCCCAGCCGCCCCGCGAUAACUAUCAGUACUUGCUGUCGGAUUCGCUGCAUUCGCUCAGCAUGCCUUACUCGUUCCACCACCGGCUGCCGUGCAGUUCGCCAUCGUCGGUACAGCCGAUGGAUCUCAACACACAUUCGGCCGCGUCGGCGGCUGCUGCGGCGGCGGCCGCCGCGUCCGCUGCCGCCUACAGCCAAUCGAUCAACAUGACCGACCUGUCGCAGAUGACUCCCCCGAGUGCGGCGGCUGCGGCGGCCGCUGCUGUCGCCGGGUUGCCCCCGGUCCCGACACGCCACCUGCCCAUCAUUACCAGUGCGAUAACGGGUGGUGGCGGUGGGGGUGGUGGUAGUGGUGGUGCGAAUGGUUCCACAGCCGCCGGGGCGACUAACGAGCUGGAACCGGCGAGUGUUGUGUCGGCGGCUAGCGCAGGAAGCGGUGGAGGUGGAGGAAGUGGCAGUAAUGGAUCAGCAAACAACGGUCAGCAACAGCAGCAGCAGCAGCAGCAACAACAGCAGCAACAGCAACAACAACAGCCGCCCCAGCAGAGUGGCGGCCAUUACAUUACGCGGCUAGAAUAA